AUGGCACACUGUGCUCGCCCCGAAAAGUUCUUCCCGGUUAUCAAAUCGGUAGCGUUGCCACCAGGAACGUUGAACGUAAGUUUCAGGAAAGGUUUUUCGUAUUUCGAAUGCACAUCCAAUUUCAGGGAAAAGUCGCAUUGGUGACUGGAGGAGGAACUGGUCUCGGGAAGGCAAUCGCCACUACUUUUGCCCACCUCGGAGCAAGUGUGGCCAUUGCGGCCAGAAGACUCGAUGUGCUCGAGAAGACCGCAGAUGAGAUCCGGAAGAGCACCGGAGGAGUGUGUGAGCCGUUCCAAAUGGAUGUGAAGGAUCCGGCCAAAGUGGCGAAAGCAUUCGACGAGGUCGAGCAGAAGUGAGUGCAGAAGAGGACAAUUGAGCACAGAAACGUCAUGUUUUACAGACUCGGCCACACGCCGGACAUUCUCAUCAACAACGCGGCCGGCAACUUCAUAAUGGCCACGGAGAGACUGUCCCCGAAUGCCUACGGAACGAUCGUGGACAUUGUUCUUAAGGGCACCCUGCACGUCACCACCGAACUCGGCCGCCGUUGUAUCCGACAGAAGAAGGGCGCCAGCGUGCUGAGCAUCACGACGCUCUACGCGAGAUCCGGUGCUCCGUUCGUGGUGCCGUCCGCCGUUUCGAAGGCCGGCGUGGAGAAUAUGACCAAGUCGUUGGCGGUCGAAUGGGCCAAACACGGAUUGCGCUUCAACGCCAUCGCUCCGGGACCGAUUCCGACGGAGGGCGCGUUCGGGCGACUGUUCGCCGGCGAUCUCAAGGAUUCCGGAGAGGCGAUGAAGACGACGGUGCCGACGGGAAGACUGGGACAGCCGGAGGAACUGGCCAAUCUCGUCGCGUUCAUGUCUUCCGACUACAUGUCCUGGCUGAACGGAGCGGUGAGUACAGAGACUUUUUAAUCGUUCCACUGCUAAAUACGCGACCUACGGGAAAAUUUAAGAAGCUCUAUUUGAAAUGGUUCCAACUUUUCCGUUUCAGAUUGUCGAUUUCGAUGGUGGACAACAGCACAUGCACCACGGAUCGCACAUGGGAGAGUUCCUGCACGAUUGGGAUCAGAAUCAGUGGGACGAGACCGAAAAUCUCAUCAGAGGACGGACCGGAAAAGAGAAGAAGAGCAAGAUCUAG